UAUGGAUGGGCACUAGUGUUCUCGCUGGCAGUGCAGCAGUUAAGCCCCAUAUCCGCUCCCUGGUUGGAGUGACGCCUGUAAGAGGAGCCAGAAGUGCAGCUCGGCAGAGGGUUCCAUGAGUGCAGCCGGGGUGCUGGUGUUGCUGAUUUUUGCUUCUAUAGUAAUGUCUAACCUGGCCAAAGCCACCGGCAAAUUGAUAUCAGUUGAUUAUGAAGUUUUUGGUCGUGUCCAGGGUGUUUGCUUCAGAAUGUAUACGGAGGGUGAAGCUAGAAAACUUGGCGUGGUCGGCUGGGUUAAGAAUUCAAGACAAGGCACCGUGGUUGGACAAGUCCAAGGACCGGAGGAGAAAGUGAAUUCAAUGGCUUGGAAAUAUCUGCUCGGAGAGAAAGCAUUUCCCCUUGUGCUCUUCUGUUUCUUGCCCAAUUUCUGCUCAGGAGGCGCCACAAGGAAGGCGUGGCUGAGCAAGGUGGGCAGUCCAAGCUCACGGAUCAAUCGGACAGACUUUAAUGAUGAGAAGGAAAUCCCCAAGCUCCAGUAUAACGGCUUCAACACCAGAUACUGAAUAGGGAAAACUUUUAUUUCAAUGUGUUCGUGUCCAUUGUGCGUCACUCCAGCCCCCGGAAAUAACUAAUAUUAUUAUUAUUAGCCGCCGCCAUGGACCGAGGUGGGACAUCGUGUCUACAAAGAUAACAUUGGGGCGUAUUUACUACAUUUUCUCCUUGUGUGAGGUCAGCUGUGUUUUAUAAAGCCAUAGAAGUA